AUGAGAAACUACGUUUGUCAUAUUUGUAGUAUCACCUUUACAUCUUUAGAAACAUUCCGAUACCAUUUUCAAGGAAUGGAACAUCAGAUUAAAGAAUCUAUUGCUAUCAAUCUAGUUAAGAAUUGCAAGAAGAUGCAAAACAAUUACCAGGAUAACCGUUCAAAUUACAUCAAAAUGCAGGAAGCCAGAAGACUAAAGCGCAGGAUUUUUAGAAGCAUGGAAGAAAAUUCUUUGGAAACCCAUAGAUACAGAGAAGGGGUUGAUUUCAGAUCCAGAUAUAGAAUGUAUGGACAAAGUUUUCCAUCUCAGGCUUUUCACACGUAUACAAGACCAUACACUACUUCACAAAUAGUGGAAAACAAAUCAUCUAAUUACUUACCAGAAAAUUCAAAGAAGAAAUAUGACUCUUUUCAAGAUGAACUUGAAGAUUACAUCAAAGUGCAGAAAGCCAGAGGACUAGAUCCAAAUAUUUGCUUCAGAAAGAAAGAAGAGAACUCUGUAGAAACGCAAAGUUAUGGAGAAAUUGAUUCCAGUCAAAGACAAAAAAUUGAACGAAGAUCUUCAUUUGGUACUUCUCAAACUCACCCACAACCAUACAAUAUUUUACCAGUGGAAAGCCAGUUACCAUACUGGCAACCAACUCAUUUAAAAAAGUCAUCUGACUCUUUCCAAGAUGAACACAAAGACUAUAUCCAAGUGCAGAAAGCCAGAGAACUAGAGCCAAAGACUUGUUUCGAAAGGAUAAAUGAAAGCACAAUUGCAACCCAUAAUAAAAGAGAAAUUUAUUCUAGAUAUAAUACUCAAAGGGUUGAGCAAAUGCUCCCUUUUGAGACUUCACAGUCAUUUCCAGGAUCAUGCAAUAGUUCAGAAAAAGUGGAGAAGCAAUUACCUCCUCAGUGCUUACUAGCUCAUGACCCAAGACAUAGAAGACUAGACCACUUGAGUUACCAUCAACCUACCAGAAACCAUUUCUCAGAAAGAAUGGUACCUCUUAGCCUUUGUCAGCCAGGAAACAACUCUGGCUCCUACAUUGUAGAAAAUGAAGUUUACAAGAAUAUGUCCUCAGAAAUAAGUUCCAGUGAUUAUCAAGCAGGCCAUGAACAGAAAUAUCAGAAGAGAAAAUAUGAGGAAGAAGUUAAAGAAUGGUCAGAGAAGGAACAAUCCAAGUAUAAAAGAAAAAAGAGUAAUAAUGGUAACAAUAUGGUUCAGCACCAAAUCAAGAGCAUCGAAAAAAUUAAAAAGGAGGGAGAUAAAAUCCAUUCAGGAAAAUCUAAGCAUCGAAAAAAGAAAAGAAAACACAGUGUACCCUCUGAAAAAGAGGAAGGUAAGCACAGGAAAGAGAAAAAGAAAUCCAUUGAGAAAAAGACAGAAGAGGAGAUGCUUUGGGAUGUAUCUAUUCUUGGAUUAACUUUAGAUUCAAAAGAUGAAGAAAUGAAGAAAUAAAAUAUGGAAUCAGACAAAACCAGGAACAUCAAUGAAAAAAAGAAAAGUUAUUUUAGUGAAGACUGGGUGGUGUAAAAAUUGAAAUUAAAUUGAAAGAAGAAACAAACAACCCUAAAUGUACCUUCUAAGAAACCUAAAUUAACACAUCAAAAACAUGAGAAAAGGAUACCUGUUGAGGAAAAGUAUAACUGUGAUAGGUUGAGUUUGUUGAAGAAAUAACACACAGAAACAUGAGAAAAGAAUAUCUGUUGGAGAAAAGCAUUAUUCAGAUAAAUCUGCGAUCGAUUAAUAAAUUUAAACAAAAUCACGAGCUUCUUAUGGAGAGAGAGCAAGGUACACCACUUGAAAUUUCAGGAAAAUUUUUUGGUGAAAAUUGAAAGUGUACUGAAUGAAGAAGCAAA